GCGGGAAUGCCACCGCCCUACUGUAGGAAUGCCACCGAUUUUUGGUGACUGCUUCUGCGGUCGGUGUUUUCGAGGGUUGGAGAUAAAUGUGUGUGUGUGUGGGGGGGGGUAUUUGAGGAGGGGAUCGAUGAAGAGGAUGAUUAGCUGGAGACGUGUUAUUAAGGGGACCAGACAUAUUAGAACGAGUCGAGGAAUGACGUCAACAACAGUUCUGGCUUGGACUGGCGGUGCAAUUUCAUGGCUUUAGUGGCAGCGGCGAACUCCACGGCAGCUCUCCAUGCUGUGGAAUAAGAAAUGUGACAUAGAGUGGCGGCGCGCAGUGGUGGCGCGAACUGCAUGUUAGAGGUGACAUGGCUCUCGUGACGGCGGCGAUCGUUUUGUGUGCAUGUCUGAGGCGUCUGCUGGUUUUGGCGGGAAAGGCACUGAGAAAAGGGAUCCAUGAAGUGGAUGCUGGUUUUGGCGGGAAUGGUGGUCGACGAGGUAGGAAGGUGGCUUUGGCGGGAAAGGCAGGGGACAAGGGGCGAUUGACGAGGGCGGCAGGUGCUUUUGGCGGGAAGGGCAUGGAGCCAGAACCACCCUGGAGGUUUUGAAGGUCGUUAUGGCGGGAAGAGUAGGGAUCAGGGGGUAUCGGCGAGGGUGUAAAGGCAGGGAGAGCAGGGGGAAGGUGGGAAGGGGGCUUCGCCAGGGAAGUUGGGGAACGGGGGGGGUGUGACGAGGUUGGAAGGUGGUUUUGGCGGGAAGGGCAGUGAGCAGAGGGGAGCCGGCGAGGUGGACAGGCGGUUUUGGCGGGAAGUCAGGGAGCAGGAGCGAUCGGCGACGACAGAAGGCGGGUGUGUAAUUCGAGGGAUGGUUAGGGUUGACGAGGUUGGAAGGUGCUUUUGGCGGGAAGGGCAGUCAGCAACUGGCGAGGUGGACAGGUGUUUCUGGCGGGAAGGCAGGGAGCAGGGAGGGAUCGGCGACGACAGAAGGCGGGAGUGUAAUUCGAGGGGGGAUUGGGGUUUACGUGUUGGAAGGUGGUUGGUUUCGGCGGGAAGAAUAGUGAACAGAGUGGAACCGGCGAGGGUGGUUUUGGCGGGAAGGCAGCGACCAGGGAGCGAUCGGCGACGACAGAAGGCGGGUGUGUAAUUCGAGGGAGGAUUGGGGUUGACGAGGUUGGAAGGUGCUUUUGGCGGGAAGGGCAGUGAGCAACUGGCGAGGUGGACAGGUGUUUCUGGUGGGAAGGCAGGGAGCAGGGAGCGAGGAUUGGGGUUGACGUGUUGGAAAGUGGUUCCGGCGGGAAGAACAGUGAACAGAGUGGAACCGGCGAGGGUGGUUUUGGCGGGAAGGCAAGGAGCAGGGAGCGAUCGGCGACGACAGAAGGCGGGUGUGUAAUUCGAGGGAGCAUUGGGGUUGACGUGUUGGAGGGUGGUUGGUUUCGGCGGGAAGGACAGUGAGCAGAGUGGAACAGGGGAGGUGGACAGGUGGUUUUGGCGGGAAGGCUGGGAGUAGGGAGCGAUCGGCGACGACAGAAGGCGGGUGUGUAAUUGGAGGGAGAAUUGGGACUCAUUUCUGGGUUGACAGAACAGUGCCACGUACACCAUCUAUUACUGUUUCCUCUACAUGGUAGUGGAGAGUAGUGCGCUAAUUAGUUGCGUGAGAAUGAAAGUGGGUGACGAUGAACAGAGGACACCGAUCGUUCCUCUAAUUGCGUGCGUUUGUGUGUGGGGAGAGAGGAGAUGUGGAGAGAGUUUGACGACGAAGGGUGGAGGGAGUGCUUAAAUAGAUGUAAGCAACUGGCCUAUGGAGGGGCCUGGAGAGUGACUGAGUUCAAAAUGGCAGAGGAAAGGGAGAUGUGAGAAGAAACACGAAGAUCGUGCGGGAGAGACAGGGGUGGGUGGGUCUGUCUUUAUGUGUGUGUGUGUGAGAGAGAGAGAGAGAGAGGGAGGGAGAGAGAGAGAGAGGGGGGGGGGGGGGGGUCUGUCUGUGUGUGUGUGUGUGUGUGAGAGAGAGAGAGAGAGAGAGAGAGAGAGAGAGAGAGAGAGAGAGAGAGAUGAUUUUCGCCGUGGAUGGAUGAAGUUUUGUCGAAUGCGUUUUCGAGAUGAGUAUAAGAUGUAGAAGAAGGGAAAUGACACACCACCAGGGAAUACAGGAAAAAUGCGGAAUAUCACCUCGGGCGUGAGGAGUCUUUCAAGCGCAUUGGAGCUAAGUCGAGUAAUAAAAAACGUUUUUCUGU